AGUUCGCCUUUCAAAAUGGCGGCUGAGCCAGCACGGGAGUGGAGCGAUGAGCAGCUCAAAAGUGAUGAUUUGCCCAAAAAAGACAUUAUAAAGUUCAUCCAGGACAAUGCAGCCCACUCGUUUCUUAAUGAGCACAAGCUGUUGGGGAACAUAAAAAAUGUAGCCAAAACAGCAAAGAAAGAACAACUCAUCACUGCCUACAAUCAGCUCUUUGAGAGCAAGAGGUUUAAAGGCACAGAUCCAGUUGAAGAAGUGACCGAGCAAGUUAAAGCUGUGAAAGUUGAGGAGAAACCCAAAGAAGUCAAAACAGAGGUUGUGGAUGAGGGUCCACCGAAGUUCACCAAGUCGGUGUUAAAGAAAGGUGACAAGACAAACUUUCCAAAGAAAGGGGACACUGUGAGCUGCUGGUACACUGGCACUUUGGAGGAUGGAACUGUCUUUGACACCAAUAUUCCCGCAGCUGCCAGAAAGAAGAAGCAGGCUAAACCACUGAGCUUCAAAGUUGGCAUGGGCAAAGUCAUCAGAGGAUGGGACGAGGCCCUUUUAACGAUGAGCAAGGGUGAAACUGCCCGUGUGGAAAUCGAACCAGAGUGGGCCUAUGGAAAGAAAGGUCUGCCUGACUCCAAAAUCCCUCCAAAUGCAAAGCUCAUUUUUGAGAUUGAGCUGGUAUCUACGGAUUAGUUUACAAAAGCUUGCCAGCAUGCGCUGCUUUACUAGAAUGGAUGAAAAUGAUUUGACACUAUUGAGGCUAAAACAUCUCGGGUAUCUGGUUUCCAAAGUUUUCAGAUUUGUCAUUUUGUUACAUAUGACAGGUUGGCUUAAGAUAAACACAAGUUACAAGAACAUUUUAAGUUUAGGCCAAAAUGUUAUGGCUUGUCAAUAAUGUAUAUAUGAAAUAAGAAUCCUGCCUUGUUUUUUGCAUGCAAACUGUAAAUGAAUAAAACUGCUUGACAG